AUGCUAUCACAGCGACGUGCCUUCAUCUUCUUCUUACCUCAAACAUGGAAGCAGACACCAGGCAGAGCUCCUGACGUCCACUCAUCCUCCAUUCCUCCUCCUCCUUGUCUUCACAUCUCUCCUGUCAAUGAUUUCUCUGCAUCCCAACUGUCUCCUGUUCCCACCUCCCCAGUUUUAUCCCACCUCUCUCCUCUGCUUCCUCCAUCCCUCCAUGGCCUCCUGAGGUUCCUCCUGGUCCUCCUGGCCUCCUUCUGUUUACUGCCCUGCCCAGCACAGGCAGCAUGGUUUCGUGUCGGGGUGGUGGGGCCGUGGGGGUGCGAUCCUCUCUUUGCCAAGGCCCUCCCAAGUGUGGCAGCACAACUUGCCGUCAACCGCAUCAACAAGGACCCGGCACUGGCCUACGCUACAACGUUCGACUACUCUGUGCUGCAGGAGCCAUGUGAGACAUCACGGGCCCUGGAGACGUUCAUUGGUUUCCACACAAAGGCCUCGGGAUACAUUGGACCAGCCAACCCCGGCUACUGUGAUGCUGCAUCAAUGCUGAGCAAAGGCUGGAACAAAGCAUUGUUUUCUUGGAGCUGUGUUGGCUAUGAGCUAGACGACGUUCGGAGCCACCCCACCUUUGCACGCUCCAUGCCGAGGCCCACCUGGGUGCUGCUCAGCAUCAUAAACUACUUCAGGUGGGCCCACAUUGGCAUCAUCUCUUCCUCAGACGACGUCUGGGUUGAGACGGCCACCAAGGUGGCUGACUCCUUGAGGAGUCACGGUCUGCCCGUCAGACUGAUCAGUUUUAUGGAGAACACGCCUCAUGGCAUCAGACGAACUCUGCACAAGCUACGCAAGAUGAGGGAAAUACGAAUUGUGAUCCUCUGUAUGCACUCGGCUCUGAUCGGCGGUGGAGUCCAGAAGCAGCUCUUGGAGACGGCCUACGACAUGCAGCUGAUCGACGGUUCCCUGGUCUUUGUGCCCUAUGACACCUUGCUCUACAGCCUGCCCUACCGCAACGUCACCUACCCAGCUCUGAAGAGGAACAGCAAACUGCUGCGGGCCUACGACGCCGUGUUAACCGUCACCAUCAACUCACCCCAGAUGUCCUUCUACGAAGCCUACAGCGAGGCCAUGGAGAGGGGGGAGGUGGCCAAGACACUGAAGCCUCACCAGGUGUCUCCACUCUUUGGCACCAUCUACAACUCCGUCCUCGUCAUGGCUCACGCAGUUUAUCGUGUUCGGGAAGCUGGGGAGUGGAUGUCUGGGGGAACCCUAGCAAGACACACCCAAAACCUGGACCUCCAGGGCUUCAGCCACCCCAUCAAAACCAACGGCUCUGGAGCAGCUCUGCUGGAGUACCUCAUACUGGACACUGACGGACUCUCCUGGGAGCUGAAGCCAACAUACAGCAUCAACAUGGAGACCGGCAUGGUGCGUUUCCUGGGUCGAGAAAUCCACUUCCCUCGCGGCUACAGACCCAGGAAGGACUCCUCCUGCUGGUUUACUCCUGGAGUCAUCUGCUCAGGGGGUGUGGAUCUGUUCUCCACCAUCAGCAUGUUCCUCGGCACUAUGUUUGCCUCUGUUUUUGCAGUGGCACUUAUUUACUGCAUCAGGCGACGCAUCCAUCAGAUCCGACUGCUUAAGGGUCCGAACAGGAUCUUGCUGACUCUGGCUGAUGUCACAUUUAUCAACCCGUCGCUUAGCAACAAGAAGCUGAGUCUGGAUGACAGCAGGACAAGCGGCAUGAGGAGCGUGUCAGAAAUCACGUCGCCAGUUUCCACCCAAUCCCCGGCCACCCACGAGAACACCAACGUCGUCAUUUUCGAGGGUGACUGGGCGUGGCUGAAGAGACUUCCCAAUGGGUCGUUCAGCAGCAUCAACCCCAAAACCAGCCAAGUGUUUGAACUGAUGAAGGACAUGCGUCAUGAGAAUGUGAACCCUUUCCUGGGCUUCUUUCACGACUGCGGCGUGUUCGCCAUCGUGACUGAGUUCUGCUCCAGAGGAAGUUUGGAGGACCUGUUGCUGAACGAGGAGGUCAAACUUGACUGGAUGUUCAAGUCGUCGCUGCUACUGGAUUUAAUUAAGGGUAUGAAGUACCUCCAUCACCGCGGAGUGAGCCACAAUCGUCUCAAGUCCCGUAACUGUGUGGUGGACGGGCGUUUCGUCUUGAAGAUCACAGACUACGGCUACAGCGACGUUCUGGAGGCUCAGAGGUUACCCUACAUGGAACAACCUGCAGAUGAGUUACUGUGGACGGCUCCAGAGAUUCUGAGGAGCGGGAGGCCGGAGCUUCACGGGACUCUGGCCGGAGACGUGUACAGCUUCGCCAUCAUCAUGCAGGAGGUGGUGGUCAGAGGGCCUCCAUUCUGUAUGCUGGACCAGUCCGCCAUAGAAAUAAUAGAGAAGUUGCGUAAGCCUCCUCCUCUGUGUCGUCCUGUGGUCAGUCCAGACUGUGCUCCUUUAGAGUGCAUCCACCUGAUGAAGCACUGCUGGAACGAACAGCCAGACAAAAGACCCACCUUUGAUGAGAUCUUCGACCAGUUUAAGAACAUCAACAAGGGGAAGAAGACCAACAUCAUAGACUCCAUGCUGAGGAUGUUGGAGCAGUACUCGUCUAACCUUGAGGAGCUGAUCAGGGAGCGAACGGAGGAGCUGGAGAUCGAGAAACAGAAGACGGAGAAGCUGCUGACACAAAUGCUUCCUCCGUCUGUGGCCGAGGCUUUGAAGGUGGGCGGUACCUUCGAACCGGAGCACUUUGACAACGUGUCGCUUUACUUCAGCGACAUCGUCGGCUUCACCACCAUCUCAGCCAACAGUGAACCUAUCGAGGUGGUCGACCUGCUCAAUGACCUCUACACGGUCUUUGACGCCAUCAUAGGAAACCAUGAUGUCUACAAGGUGGAGACUAUCGGUGAUGCUUACAUGGUGGCGUCAGGUGUUCCCGUUCCUAAUGGCAACCGCCAUGCUGCAGAGAUAGCCAACAUGGCCCUCGAUAUCCUGAGUGCCGUGGGAACCUUUAAAAUGAGACACAUGCCUGACGUUCCUGUCAGGAUACGUAUUGGACUACACACAGGUCCAUGUGUAGCAGGUGUUGUAGGUCUCACCAUGCCUCGCUACUGUCUGUUUGGAGACACAGUGACCACUGCCUCUCGUAUGGAGUCCAGCGGGUUGCCCUACAGGAUCCAUGUCCACCAGAGUACAGUGAAGGUCCUGCGGGAGCUAAAUCUCGGCUACAAGGUGGAGUUGAGAGGCAAGACAGAAGCCAAGGGGAAAACAGUGGAGGAGACCUACUGGCUUGUAGGGAGAGAGGGAUUUAACAAACCCCUUCCUGUUCCUCCAGAGGUCAAGUCCGGCUUUUCAAUGAACGAGUCGAAGGACCUGAAGCGUGCGUUUCACAAGGCGGUGAAGAAGAUCUCUCAUGUUCGCGUGGUGACUCAGGUCCUUGGGCCUGAUGAGGACGACAACGUCAUGUUGUCGCACCACUGACCGACCUGUAGUUUAAAACUUUGCCUGGACUGGAGUUUCUGUUAGGACUGAGCUAUCACAUCACACAGAAGUGAAAACCAUCCUGAUAUUUCCUUCUGGAAUUCCCUACUAGUGAUCAUCCACGGCCAAAGGUUUCGGUUAGGUGAAAGUGUUAGUUCAGAUUACCACUGUGUGUCUGUGUGUAUUAACGGCUUGAGUCGAGGCAAUGAUGUCCCGUGUGGAACUAUGUAUAGAGACAGAGGAGUGGUGACUCAGCAGAGCAGGGAUCUACACAAACUGUCUGUCAGCAGCAGCUAAUCUCUCCUUCAUUUCCUCCUCCUUCGCUUCCCUCUUUCUCUGUCUGAGGAGAGGAGAGGAGAGGAGGAAGCUGACGUGAGGAGAGAAAAUGAAGAAGGGAAAGAGAGAGGUGAGGAGGCAGCAGGAGAGUAGAUUUUAACUCCCAGCUUGUGAAGGAAUGUGGCAUCUUGGGUUUGUGGUCGGCUACCAAGUUGUCAAACUUGGCAAAACACAUUUAUACUCCCAGAAAUAGAAAUAAUGAAACAGUAGAGAGGCGACAGUAAAUGACAUUAAGAUUAUUGUAGAGCUGCGGGUAAUGAUAAUUGUGAUUCUCUGCCCAUUAUUUUCUUAAUUGUUUUUGUGUGUCAGAAAAUAGUGAAAAAGGCCCCAAAAAACUUCCUGGACUCCACGGUGACACAUUCAGAUGGCUUGAUUUGUCUGACCAACAGUCCAAAGGCCAAAUAUAUUGAAUUUCCUUUAGUAGAGGACUAAAGGUGUGUGGAAAGUGAAGUGAAGUGAAUCUUACUGUAAAUAAAUCUGACACCAGAAUUUUAAUGGACUUUAAAUAGUGUAUGAAUUUGAAUUUGUGCAGGAGGGCUUGACAUCUUCGUGUGCAAUGUGACUUUUUCUCCACAGUUUUCCAUCUUGUAGCUCUGUUGAAAUGUUUUAUUUUGUUUACAACACCUGUGUCGAUGUAAAUACAACUUAAUAUCAGGCAGUUACAGUUUAAUUUUUUGCUUAUAGUUGAAACCCAUCCUGAAUAGGUAUGAAAUUACUGGAUUAUAUUUUAGGAUUUUCUUGUAAUACAAGUGAUGAGUUCAUUUUGUUUUUGUAACCAAACCUGCCUGACAAAUAAAAAAUAAA